UUCGUAGGGUUCUGUUGAGCUGCACAAAAUGUGUCGAUCGCUGAAAGCUGAAGACGUGCGAAUGGCCAUCGCUGGCUGUUCCGUGAUUGUUUCCUUCCUGAUCUUAGAGUUCAAUUGGCUGGAGACCUACAAGUGCUGCGAAAUAAGUGUGUGGAAUCACGUUUGCGUGCUGCAGAUCAUCGGAGGAAUUUUCCUGUUUGUGGGGUCCCUGAAGAGUAAUCACUGGCUCUUCUUGCCUUGGAUGGUGACUUCGCUCAUUCUGAUCUACACGCUCUCGUACAAAUCCAUUCUUUAUCUAAACUAUUUGGAGGGCAGAAUGUUGAUGUUGGUUUCCAUACUGCCAUUUAUAGCAGGUAUAUGGACCUAUUUCGUGUACGAUGUCUUUCAGGACUUUCUGCAAAUGCAAUGCGAAUCGAUCGGGAAAAUCUCCAUAAUUGAGUCGGUGCGAACGGGGUAUUAACGUGCCUUUUUAUCCAGUGGAACGCAAUGGAGCUGAGUGUAAAGGCAAAUAAGUGUGAACAUUGCGGUCGGUGUGUGUUGUUUGCUUGGGGGUGUGCUUUGUAGCCAAAAGUAAAAUAAGCGUUAAAAUGUCUGCUAACCCAGUGGAAGUCUGCCCUGGGUUCUGCUUCUGGUUCUGGGUCUCUUCUGGGGCUCUUGCGGUAUCGUUGCAUGCGUAUUGCAUUACCCAGUCGCCCAACUGCCAUCUCUCGACCACCCACUCGCACUCCUUUUUACCACCCCCUUGGCACAAAGUGGCGUAUGAAUAGAUACAUGUUUUGUUGCCUGUUUUGUUUGCCCUCCACCCCCUGAAUCCCCUUCUCCGGCUGUCUGUGGACUGGUUGUCGUAAUCCAACAAGCAGACAGGUUAAAUACACCGCAAGGACAGACUCAUACACACAGUGGGGCUGCUGGAAAAAAGUGUGACAAAGAUGGUGGGGAAAAAUGGCGGGAAAUGGGGAAAACUCGGGGAGGCGACUCGAGCCGCGAUUCGGUUGGGAAGCAGACGCAUCCAAACAAACAAUAAUCAUGCAACAAUAGUGAGAGCCGCAAACAAAUUGCUUUUCUAUGUAUAUACUGGUGUGCAGGGAGAUGGCUGCACAGGCGAAAAAUAAUCCAUAAACCAAAAUGUAAAAUUAUAGUUUAACAAGAGAGAUAAAAUAUAUUAAGUAUUGUAGAGUAUUUAGAGUAGCUAAGCUAACUGAAAAGAUAGUUGUCGCAACUAAGCUAGAAAUACCUUUGUAAUAAUUAAUAAAUAAGUGUAAAAU